UACAAGCUUCCUUAGUGGAAAGUCAAUCCAAGCGCGACAAGGGCAUAGAAAAAAAACAGAAGAUGACUUCUUGCGCUUUGUCUUCACUCAGCGCCGCAAUCACUAUGGUCUUGUCAUCGGAAAACAAAAACCCUGAGCUUCUGAAGAUAUUAAUGGACACGGUUCGUAUACUUGGAGAUAUUCAACACGGAGAUUCUAUUCUGAGAAGAUUUUUCAUUCUUGCCACAGUGAAAAAAGAUCUGAAAGAUCAGCUACAAAAAACAAAGAUAGAUGAAAUGCUCUUCGGCUCUAAUUUGUCAGAAACCCUAAAAUCGGCAAAAUCAAUCAGCAAGUCCGGUGACGAUAUAAGGUCGGCUUCCAAGAUGAAUCCGACAUCACAGACGACAGCAAAAACACAGAACAGGCCUUUAAAUUACCGAGCUCCCCCCGCGAUCCGCAAGCAGACUGGAACACCAUCGACGAGGGGAGCGCGUCAGACGCCGCGACAGUCAGCUCCAUAUCGGACGCAGACGACGGCGACGACGGCGCCGACGCAGCACAACGCUUUCAGGACGUCGUCGCGUCCGCCGCCGCAGGGCCGUCAACGCCGCUAGAUACGCAAUCGAGCAAUACACCGGAAAGUUUCCCUGGUUGCCGGGAUGCUAUCAGGACGGCGUUUCUUAGAAGAGGAGUUCCGUCAUCAUCUAUUACCAUUAUGUUAGCGUCCCUUUCAAAUAACACUAUAAAACAGUAUGACACUUGCCUAAAGAAAUGGUUUGCUUACUGCCAUCAAAAUAAUCUUAACACAUAUAAUACUUCAGUGACCAAUGUUCUCAGUUUCCUAACACACAUUUAUAACGAAGGUGCUAAAUAUGGCACACUAAAUAGCUGUCGUUCUGCAUUAUCACUCUUGCUUGGUCAAAAAAUAAUAAAUAAUGAUUUCAUUAAUAGAUUUCUUAAAGGUGUGUUCAAUUUGCGUCCUACGUUACCUAAAUAUAAUUUAACCUGGGACAUUGAUCAAGUCCUAAACUUCAUAGCGAAUUGGUAUCCAAAUGAAGAUCUAAACUUAGAAAAGAUUAGUAAAAAAUUGAUUACACUAUUUGCACUCGUAACGGCGCAUAGGGCUCAAACAUUUUCGUUAAUUAAAGCCGAAAACAUUACGCACAAUGAUUCUGGUUUCAUAAUAAAAAUACCCGAUUUAAUAAAAACAUCGCGCGUUGGUUCCCAACAACCGGUACUCUCGUUACCUUAUUUUUCGCAGCGACCGGAAAUAUGCCCCGCGAAAACGUUAAAUGUCUAUUUAAAUAAAACACGUCAAUUACGUCAAAACACCAACUCCUUAUUCAUAUCAUUUCGGAAACCCCAUCGCUCGGUCUGCUCCCAGACUCUAAGCAGAUGGGUUAAAAACGUAUUAACGAGCAGCGGCAUUGAUACAAAUGUCUUUAGUGCACAUAGCACUCGACAUGCUGCUACAUCUAAAGCUCUUAAGUUAGGUGUUAGUCUGGAUUCUAUACGAAAAACUGCAGGGUGGAGUGCGAACUCUUUAGUAUUCGCUAAAUAUUAUAAUAAAUUAAUUUCAAACAAUGUAUCUUCUGAGAUUGAUUUUGCUAGAAAUAUUUUGAGUUAAUUUACUUACUCUUCGUUCCAUAGAACCGAUUAAGAUUUACAAAAUUAUUAUAAGAUAAUGCUUAAUUACUAAUGUUACAAUAUUAUUAUUGGUAGCUAA